AUGAAAAUCUUUGAAGUCCAUGGUUACAACAUCUUUAAAGUCCAUGGUUUGGUCACCGGAUGGGACCAAAUUGGUUUAACUGCAAAGAGCGCAAGCCUUACUACGCCAUUUGGAGUGCCCCUCUACCGCAGGUUUCACAUUAUCUUCCAUGAGAGCCAUCAGCGUACGCCAUUUGGAGUGACCCUCUACCGGAAGUUUCACAUUAACUUCCAUGAGAGCCAUCAGCUUUGCGGUAUGUUAAACCACCAAAUAAUCUAA